AAUAUUAUGUGUAGUGCUUGUUAAGACUUCAGCGUCCAUAUGUUGUGGGAGCAGAUAACAUUCGAUGAGAAUAGAAGUUCGCAAUUCAAUAUCAAUGAAUAAUUGUUUUGGAGUCAAAUGCAGUGUUCGGCCAAAACUUGAGGAUAUCAUACUUAAUGCUUUCCAUUAUCAAGAUGAGGCGAAUUUGGUGUGUUCUUGUUUUAACACAGUAUGUAACAGUGGCCUUUGACCUAGGUUGUGAUGACGGGACAUAUGGCCAGAACUGCAGUGAGAUGUGUGGAAACUGUCUGAACAAUUCUGUAUGUGACCCAGUGAACGGCUCAUGUCCAAGUGGAUGUGACAAAGGAUUCAUGGGUCUUAGAUGCAUUGAAAUUGAUUAUAUAAAUUUGGCGAUCCAACAUGGUUGCACAAGCUACAGUUGGAACAUAAGCAUGGACCUGGCAUUGCUGCAGCAGAAGUUUCCAAAUAUAACGGAGUCAGAUGUUUUUCUUGGUGGAAGUUCUUGCAAAGGUGUCAUAAAUGGAACAUUGCUCGAGUUUGAGUAUGACUUUACACAAUGUCACACUUCUAAACAGAAACAUGAUGAUUUCUUUGUUUACAAUAACAGACUUGUAUACGCCAAGUUUGACGAAGACAAUGCAAUGAUCAUUCGCCAACAUAUUUGGGAGUAUGAAGUAGAAUGUGAUUUGGUAACAAGCGGCCAAUCUUCCUCCCAUAUUCACCAUGGCGUACAUCAUGAUCAUGCCAUAACAGUUCAAAACAAUAUCAAUUUAGCCUUUUACAGUGAUGCUAACUUUGCCGAUCAGAUAAAAGGCAAUCCCGUGGAAGUUCACACUGGUGAUAAUGUUUACGUCAAAGUAUUUACGACGAUUGCUGAUUGGUCAAUGAAAUUGAGGCUACACUCGUGCUUCACAAGACAAACUAGCUCAGGAGCCGCAACAAAUUAUUUUCUUAUUAAGGAUGGGUGUGAGGUCGACAAGUAUACACACAUCAUGUCGCAGUCAACGCACGAGACCACGUUCAUGUUUCAAGACUUUGAGUACUCUUCCGAUCUAGAGGGUCUGGACGUGUUUUGCAAUGCAACCCUUUGCGAUACGUCUGAUUUCACGCCACGUUGUAUGCAGUCUUGUAACAGGCUAUUCCAGCGGCCAAAUGUAGUCGGAUAGCAUACCAUUUUGACACAUUAAUUGUUAUAUUAGCAUUGCUAAAGUAAAAUAUUUCAAGACUGAUAUUAUAUCAAGGAAGUGGCUAAAAUCAUUUGCUUUCAACAUUUUCUACGAAUCAUAAAUAUAU